GAAUGGAUAUCCGACUUGCUAAGUCCGAAAUAAAACGUACAUUGCAUGCUAGAUUUAACAAGCAUAGAUUAGUUAUAAACAAAAUAAAAUGCUCAAAUUUACGUAAAACCAUGUGUAUAGCUAAGAAGGCUGAUUGUAGAAUUUAUUGGUCAACUAUUGAUCUGGGAAUACCUUUUGGCGUACAUUUUGUCCAGUCCCUCUGAUUCUCAUACAAUCGAUGCUAUGGAGACAUCAGAUUGCAUUGUGGAAGGGCUUUACCUAGGGGGUGUCAUGGCCGCCCUAAAUGAGCAUGACUUGCAGGUCAAGAAUGUGACCCACAUUUUGUCUGUGGAUGAGAAGCCCUUGCCUGAAAUCCUGACCAGCAAGUACUCCUACAAACAUGUAUUUGCACUGGACUUGUAUGACUUUAACUUACUCGACCUGUUCCCAGAGUGUUUUUUGUUUAUUGAUCAGGCCCGGGAGGGCAGGGGCACAGUGUUAGUGCAUUGCCAAGCUGGCAUAUCUAGAAGCUCUACUGUGGUGGCAGCGUACCUCAUGCAGAAACAUUUAGUGACAAAAGAUAAAGCUCUGGAAAUAAUUGCCGCAGUCAGACAUUUUAUAAGACCAAAUGAUGGCUUCCAAGAGCAGCUUCAACUCUUUGAAAACAUGGGCUGUAGGAUAGACAAAUCACAUCCUGAGUACAGAGCAUACCAACUCAAUAAGUUGGCUGUUAGGUUCAAGUGUGGCCAGUUUUCACAAGGUGAGCCUGUAAUCCCCUCCGAGGUCUAUGUACAACCUGACUACUCCGCCAAGGGAAAUGAUGCUUACUAUAAGUGUAGGAAAUGUAGGAUGUUUCUGUUUCAUGACGGUGCCUUGACCUCCCACAAUAUAGGUCAAGGUGAGUCAGCUUUUGAUUGGAGGAGCAAAUUACCAGCCAGUAAACAAGAGCAGAAUUUUGCUGCCAAUGAAGCCGUCUGCCAGAAGUCAUUGUUUGUUGACCCCUUGACGUGGAUGAAAGGGAAAAUCAACCCGGUGCAGGGCAAGUUGAAUUGUCCAAAGUGUGAUAUAAAAAUAGGAUCCUAUGUUUGGUUUGGAGAAAAGUGUCCUUGUGGAGCCUGGGUGGCUCCUGCCUUUCACAUUGACAGCGGUAAAGUUGACAAGAUCCCCUCACAGCCUGUCAUGCCACGCACCCACACACCAGCCGCUGCUGCUGAAGUGACCACUGCCAUCUCCCCGGAACCUGUUCACCUUAUUGGUGCAGUGACAGCAUUUCCUGUGUCCAGCACUGGCGGAGGUAGACCUCUUGGUCACAACCCUCUGCCAGAAAGGCCUGCUGCUGGCUCCAGGCUGUCCUUGAUAUAUCCCGUUGCAGCUGUUCAGCCGAGGAUGGCCACUGCCGCCGGGCCAGGUGAUCGCCCUUUGAUUGCAUCCGUCUCAGCAUCACAGGUGCCGUCUUCUCCAGAACAUGCACCUCAGCCCGUCCAGUCCAUGGACUAUGAAACUGGUGAAACGGCACAGACGUCUGCUGAUCCUACUACCGUGGUUCCUGAUAACAGAGACUUAGAAAGUGGUAUUAACAGCAUCCAUAUGGAUGUGGAUAGCAAUUAACCCAUGUCUUCCUGUUUUGAGUACCGGUAGUUUGUGAACAGGAUUCUAUGUCUUAAUGUUUAACAUGUCAUGUUAACAAACUUACUAAAAUGUCAUUGAUAUGGAAUUGGCAAUUAAUGAUCAACAAUGCAAUGUCACUAUAUCGAGCACUUAAAAUUUAUUUUAGAAAAUAUAUAUGUUGAUUAUAGUGCUGUGUUUAAAAUAACUGUAAAUGAUGUAUCAUGUACCAGUAAAUAAUUGAUAAGUUCUUCAAAAAUUGUCAAAUAUUAAACUAAAUAUAAAAGGCUGUUAGGCGAGACCUAGGUUUUCUUGAAUAGGUUGUGAACCUAACCCUGUGCCAUUAUUAAACCGCCUUGAAGGACAUUUCAUGUGCAAACACUUGCUAGUUUCCUCCCCUUACUUUAAUGAUUGUUUUUCUAACUUGACUUGCUCUACUUGUGUGUGUGUGUAGUCCAACCUUUGACCUGUAGUCACUUUGUUAUUUUUUUCAACAGAACUAUAAAAAAUGAGCCAACCUGCAGCAUAACAUACGCCUGCCCCCCCCCUCCCCCCCUUUUUCCUUUUUUUUUUUCUGAUCGUCACUCUCACUGCAAAAGUUACGUGGGGUAACUCUAGUCCGACUUGCAGAAAUAAAAAGAGUUAUCUUUCCAUGAUUUUUUUCAUUUGGUGUCCCGCAUGGUUAGGCCAUGAAGAGAAUUAUAUAUAUAUAGAUAGAUAGAUAGAUUAAUUCUGUGUGGGGAGCUGAGGACACUUAAGUUCUAUUUUGGCGUAAUUGGAAUACAUAGAUAAUAAAUGAAAUUUUUAUAUGGUGUCAAAUCUAUUGACCAGUAAUUAUUAAAGUUGUUGCAAAAUGCAGGAAAUUUUAACACAGAAAUGCUGAUUGUCUCAAAAUACUUAAAGUUUGUUUUUUUUAGCUGAUUCAUUAGUAUACUGUAUUUGUUUUGUUACAGUUUCAUUUGAUCAAUGCAAUGUGCAACAUUAUUAAUGUUAACAUGUAAAGACACCUUUUCAUCAUGUUCUAUUCAGCUCCUAUUUUCUGAGACUGGUGUUUUACACUGUAACUGCUGUUUCUAGAUUUAUAUGCAGGUCUGGGCAGUUGUCUUUGAGAUGGUUUGAAUGAACACAUGGGUUUUUGCUUCUUUUUUUUUUUUUUUUUAAUUUGAUUGUGUGGUGGCCAGAUAACAAAUAAAUGAGUUUUACUUUGAUGUGACAAGUUUUCUUCACCAACAGGGUUUGAUAUGCCUGUUGUGCAUGCAUAGCUUAGCCAAGACCGUUCGUUCGUUGUAGGAGGCAUGAAUGCUGACUUGCAACGUGACCCCACGUCUUACACCGCUGUGGCGUGGCAAGAAGCUAAGGGUUUAAACUGACCGCAGGUCGCAAGCCAGUGUUCAGGCCUUCUAUAACGAUUGGUCUCAGCUGAACUGACCAGUUGAGUUGGACGAUGCACUUUUGAAAUAAACAGCUGUUUACAAUAAUGUGUGAUUUUUUAUGUAAUCAGAUUUCAGUCAACAUUGACCUCCAAGAAUUUUGUGAAUUUAAAAAAUGAAAAACAAAGUUUGAUAGGGAGUUUUAUAGGGGGGGAUCAAGAGAGAGUGUUGACUGUUUCAGAAAGGCCAGUAACUGUUAUCAAUUAUCUAUUCUUGUUAAUUUCAUUAGUCUGCUUCAGAAUAUAUAGGGCAUUAAUAUUGGAAUGUAUUUUUUAUCAGAUGACAAUAAUGUGUUAUUCACUCGUGGUAAGUUCUAUAAGGCAGCUGAGCUCAUAAAGUUAUCUGUGGGCUUUACCUUAUUACUAAUGCCCUCACUUCUGAUAAGAUACAAAAUAUUUUAUUGUUCUACAUUAUUUUAUAUGUGACAGUGUUAUUGAUAUCAUUUGAAGAAUUCAUCUACUACCUUGUUUUGUUUCUGUUUAAUGUUGGCCAUAAUGAAGUCUCAUGUUUAUCAGAGUUGAUUUUCUUUUAUUGCAACUAACUGCUACAUUAAUUCAUGAAACUUGAAGCACUUUAAGAAAGAUGUUUGUUAAUAAAUGGCAUUUCAACGUUUGUUUUCGCUGGUAAUUGAUUCAAAACCUGAUUAAUACAUGGAUAAAUGUGGUAUUUAAUUUUCUUCUUUCUUGACAGAAUGUCUGUAAUUUGUAUCAUAAAUUUGUAGUCUAGUAACAUUUUCUGUUGGUCUAAUUCUUUUUAAAAUAUGUAUGUAUGUGCACUAUAAACAUACAAAUAAUGAUUUUGAAGUCUUGGCAACACAAGCUUAAUUUUUAAACAUAAUUUGAUUUAAAUGACACUUAAAAAAAUAAUUGUGUCAAAAAGUUCUAUUUGAAUUACUGAUAAUGCCUGCUGUAUGUUGGGCUUUCAGUUACAAGAAGGUUACUGUUUACAAGAAAGUUGCUGGGGAAAAAAUGUUACGUAUUGUUGAAGAUUUUGCUGUACAAUUAUUAUUUUUUAUUUUGUUUUUCUUUUAAAAUAUCAAUGGAGCUUUGAUAUGAAGCAACAAAGUGGUAAAUUAUACAUUAUUUUUGAAGAUGUCUGAAUCUGGGAAUUGUAGCAGCAAGACACUCCGUAAUCAGUUUGACCACUGAAAAGGACUUCUCUUGACAGACAAGCUUGGACUGGGAACUGUUCACUCCUAGUCUUGUCUGAUGUUUCCACUAUGGCAAUGACCACUUUGAGUGACCAUGUGAUGAUGUCACUCCCAGGACUAUUAGUUCAUCUGGAACAUUAAUGGCAGACUACUUUCAUUAAACUUGUUUACUUUUCUACCCAGCCCCUGUUUACUUUUUUAUUUACUAGCUAGCCCCUGUUUACUUUUUUAUUUUCUAGCUAGCCCCUGUUUACUUUUUUAUUUUCUACCCAGCCCCUGUUUACUUUUCUACCCAGCCCCAUUUUUCGGUGACAAACUUUCAGCAAGACGUAGCUGAUGAUCUCUAUGACACAUGAGCCCUUGCUUCAUUUUAAUGAGGUUUCUACUGGAGCAGUGGCUUUACAUACCUAUUUUGCCAGAGUGGUAGUGCCUCCUGAAAUUGAGGGUCUCAAGUUUUUAAUCCUGAUGGUUGCUGCAUUUAUACUUCAGACUUUUAGUGGGAUCUGAUAAAUGGAACCCAACAACAGAGCAAUAAUCAGAGACAGAAUAUCUUUGAGAUAUUCUUAUAUUUUGUAUUUGCUAGCUAAGCUUGUAAACAGUUAUCUAGACAUCUUAGUUUUUCAUCUUUGUUUCAAUGCUUCUUAAACUGGUUGAAAUUUUCAAAACUGGUGAAAAUGUAUCAGGAUUGCACAUUUUUAAGGUGCACAGAUAAAAAGUGUAAACUUUUUGUAUACAGGAUGCAAAGCAGAGUUGAUUUGUUUUUUAAACCCCUUGAAACUAAACAUAGAAGUGGUGUAAAACACAAUGAAUUUUAUGGUGCCAUGUGUGUAACUGUAACCAUUAAAAACUGAUUUUGUGAAAGGCAAAAUUAUUUCCCCUAUUGAAGUUAUUAAAUGUUGAAUAUAAAAGUGA